AUGGCGACAGCGCAUAAAGGCCCCGGUUUAGGGGACCUUGAAAAGGAACUCACCUGCUCGAUCUGUACAGAACUCCUAUACCAACCCCUCACUCUCCUCGACUGCCUGCAUACAUACUGUGGCUCCUGUCUCAAAGAAUGGUUCUCGACUCAGGCCUCCCACCGGCGCUCGUCAUCCGUUCAAUACACCUGUCCAUCAUGUCGUGCGGUCGUGCGUGAGACGCGGCCCAACGCUACAGUGACAACUCUCCUGGAUAUGGUCCUGGCGGCAAACCCCGAGCGCAACAAGUCAACCGCGGAGAAAGAAGAGAUAGCGCAGAGGUAUAAACAUGGUGAGUCGGUUUUUCCAACAUUGGAAUCUCCAGACUCUAGUCCUCGAAGGUCGGACGCCAGAGAUCACGGCUUAGGCGAGGGGGUGCGGCACCUGAGUCUUCAGGAAAGCGGGGCACGGCCCAGCGACACAGAUCGCCACCGCACACGUCGCUCGUCAAGAUCGCGCCGAGCUGAGAGUGUAGAUGGCCGCUCCCGUCGACGAAGAGAAGAAGAGCGUGCAUCGCGCCGACAGGCUCAACAAGAUGCGCGGGUGGAAGAACCAUCGGGACGUACACGACGAAUAGAGCACCAGUCCAGUCUCCGAUCGUUGUUAAGUUUAUCGGACACCGAGACUAUGGAGGAGGAAAUCUUGCGACAAAUCCUGGAAGAAGGUCUAUUGGACGAUAUUGAUCUCGACAAUCUCGGCCCGGCACAGGAAGAGGAACUCAGUGAGCGCAUCGCGGAUGCGUACCGUCGACGGCAUCGGCUACGGUCACGGUCCCAGCAGAGACGGGAGGUCCAAGAGCCACCAUCGCAAGCUCCAUCUCGUCCGCGUUCCAGAUCACAAUCUACACAGAGGCAGCAGCCGGCCCCCGUCUCCAACGAGACAUCGCGGAAUCCUCCUGUGUCUAGGCCGUACUUGCUUGACCCUCUGUUGCCGCGCGGAGGUCAUCCCGGUCAUCAUAGGCGCUUGUCGGACCAGGGAAGUAGUCGGAGGAGGACAUCGCCUGUCCCAGUCAACCCAGCAUCUACCUCCGACAUCGGUCUGCGACAAGCGACGAGGUCUUCGAGUGAUAUGGUCGCCGAUCGCCCUCGUAAUUCUCACAUUCCACGAGUGCAGACAUCGGGCUCGCGAACCCCAAGAUCACGUCGGGCCACGGAGUCUGAGCAGCGAGUACCAAACAUAUCGCUAUCGGGGGAGAGUCCACAAAUCCGGCCCAGUAGACCAUUGGUGGAUUCGCCGACCAUGGCUGGAUCGCCAGUGCAGAGCUUACAAAACGGGCCUCUCUCAGGACCAGAGCAGAUUGUUGGCAGUCCGUCGACAACCAGUUCCCUGACAGCGGAAGUUGGCAGGAACUCCAGACCGUCCUCGUCAAGAUCACACGCUUCUCGCUCACCUGGCUACCCCGAACCCUCCAUCUCGUGUGAGAGAUGUGGCAAGCAGAAUAUUCAGUACGAUCUACACAAGAAAUGUCCAUCCUGCAACAAUGGGAACUAUCAUCUUUGCCUACGAUGCUACCGUCUGGGACGGGGCUGUCUCAAUUGGAUUGGGUUUGGUCCAUCUGCAAAGGCUACGUAUGGCCACACAGCUGUCACGAGCGGACAACCUUCUGCGCCACAAGAACAACAGCAUGUACUACAAUCUGUCAGAUAUUCUCGCCCAUCAGAAGGAUCUUACAAGGCGCGAAGGGAAGGAAGAGACAUGACGAAUGAUAACCCGGCCAAGAGACUGCAGAUGGGACUGUUUUGCGACAUCUGUCAGUCUGUUGCCAAUGACUGUUCCUGGAAAUGCAACCAGUGUAACGAGGGAGACUGGGGCUUCUGCAACCGAUGCGUCAAUCAAGGGAAAUGCUGCACCCAUCCCCUUCUACCGGUCUGUCGGCUGGGUCCUGCUGUCAGCUCGAAUGGACCCACGGCCGCACAAACUGAGAAUGCAUCAGUCGAACCGGCAGGCGAAACGAAGAUUCUUUCCUUCUCAACGAAAUGCGACAUAUGCAUCCAGCCAAUUCCCUCAUCAACCCUUCGCUUUCACUGCCUCCAAUGCAACGAUGGGGAUUACGAUAUCUGUGCAAACUGCUACCUGAAGCUGGUGGCAACAUCCAAGAUUCGCAAGGAAAACGGACAUAAUGGGUGGCGUCGUUGCUUGAAAAGGUCACCGGAUGGUGGUCAUUGGCUUUGA